AUGGGAUGGGGCCAGGGCAAAGGAAAGGGGGCGCAGCCUCCUCAAGGCAAAGGCAAAGGUAAAGGGGGGGGGAGCCAACCUCCCGGAGCAGGCAAAGGGGGCCAUCCUCCUGGAGGUAAAGGCGAGAUCCCCUUCAAAAGACCUUCCAAGAAGGACAGAGAUCGCCUUAAGCAGCUGGGUUUGUGGCCACCUCCCAAGGGGCAAGGCAAGAACGCCCGAACAGGCCCACACCCGGCAGAGGAAAGGGGGCACGCCAGACCACCCACACCUCCCCCCGUCAGAAGGGGAGCUCCAGCAGAAAGAAGUCCCUCAACGAGCCGCAGCCGCACACCGCGCCAAGAGGGGACUGAUGCAGAAGCACCAGCUGUGGAGUCCCCCUCGCAAUCUUCGCACUCGACGGAGCUUCGACGAGCCUCACCCGACCAACCGCGGCACCAACCUGAGUCGAGCCCAACCCCACCUGCCGAGGGGGGAGAGGCAGACACCAACCCAAUGCCAGUCAAACAGGAGUCAACCGAGGAGUUUAGCUCAGAAGAGUCGUCUGGAGAGGCGGCACCUCUUCCACCUUGGCCUCUCCUGGCAGACAGCCUCCACCUCACGGUUGACCGGGUUCGCCGUAGCAACAACCGUGACUUCUGGCUGUCUAACCUCGGCCCAACCUUGUGGUUGGAUUGCUUCCCAACCUUCAAGGGUUCCAACCUCCUGGGCAUAGGGGGAACGCGAGCAGUGUACACCUCACCCACCUCAGACGGCAAGGUGUGGAAGAUUGCUCUCAAAGCAGAGCCCAGCCACCAUGGGAUUGAGCAAACAAUUGGGCAACGGCUCCCAGGUUUAUGUGCCACUCAAACCAGGAUGGUGGGGACGGGGCAGCUCACCAUCCGCGACUUUAAGACCCUGGAGAUUGAGGUCUUGGAGGUUGAGCGUCUGACGCUGUUGCCUGACCAGCCUUCCAACCUCCAGGUCUUGCACAUGUUCAUGGUCCUCACAGCCCUAGUGGGUGCCGGCAUUUGGGUAGCAGCGUGGGCCAGAGGCGUCGUCCGCACGGACCAUGCUAGCCCGCGGCGACUCGCCAUCGCCUUCAGGCAGCGCCUCCUUGCCACAGAUGGGGGGAAGGAGGUUCUUGGGACUUUGGUCCGUCAAGGGGUCAUCAUCCCUAGUCCCUCGCUGAACCUGUGCCUCCCGAUGACGGUCAAUGGAGUCAACAGCAGCGGGGACUGGUGCUUCGCCUCAAUUGAAGACCUUGAGGCGUAA